AAUGAUUAACAUCGCAUAUUUGUGGUUCAUUCUUUUGCAAGAUCCACGUUCCUGGCUUCAUUCCUGGAACAUUUCACUCUCUCCUUCGUCAUUCAUUAUUGUCGCGUACAAUGGGCAUUGAACCACCCUUUAUUUAUGAACCGGUCAAAACAGAUUGGUUUUUUGAUCCAAAAGCCGUCUCCAGAGCCAGCUUAUCUCCGCCAGCUCCGCGGCCAAAGCGACCAGAUGGGCCGUUGGUCAAUUUCAAUGCACACCCUGAGUACGUUUGAGUAUGCGCUUACAGUUCACUGAAAUCUAUGCUGAUCUUCUCUCAUCAGUUCUUACCUAAUUGUUCCUUCUGGAAAUGUGGAUGUCAAAUCAAUGCACCCUUCUGUCAAGAAGAGAAUCAAGUGGACCAGAAAAGUCACACUGGCAUUGCGAUGCUUUCAAGCCCUAGCAGCAGUCGGACUCCUUAUAAUGUCAAUCUUGAUUACCGGUUUGGAUUUUAUAUCAGGCUGGAUCAUGAGGCUUGCGGUAUGUUGUCCCGAGAAUGCUUUAAUUUUGCAUGACCGACUGACAAUGUUUCAGCCUGCUAUAGCAAUUCUUCAUACCAUUUAUGGAGUAUAUCACCUAGCACGAAAACCUGACGGUAGAGCACCUGGAUCCACAGCAUCAUACAUGCUAUUCGCAUCUUUGAUUGAUAUAACUAUUGUGCCAUUUUAUGCAUAUAUUUCUUUGGCGGCUAAAACGAAGCAAACGACCUGGACUACAUCUUUAUCUGACCAGAAUCUGCUAACAAUCUUCACCGACAUUCUGUUCUACGCAGCUACAGUGGGAGCUGGACUCCAUUUAAUUUCUUUAUCUAUUUCUCUCUAUCUCGCUGUCACAUUCCGCAAGAUUAACCAACUCCCUCCGGAUAUGAACCCACUAGAAGAUAAUCUCACGUCUCGUCACAAACGCAACAAAUCCUCCAUCUCAACUUUCACUACCAUCACGCCUCCAACCGAGAAAAGACUAUCAAGGGGAUCCAAUCUUGAGGAUAAACGACCUUCUGGGGCCCCUUACGAGGAUCUUGAUAGACCCCCAACAAUUCCCUUCCUUCAUACUCGCACCAACUCCAAUGAAUCAUUCCAGACUAAUCAAUCAUCACCUCGUACAUCACGUACGGGUUCUCCGGCUCGCUAUAAUGCAUAUAAGCCCAAUCAAUCGCCUCGUCAUUCAGUUCCAGACUUGAAGCCAGCAUCCCGUCACUCCUACACUUCUGUUCCCGCAUCGGACCUCUCCUUUCACACGGCUAAUGAGUCUAUUAAUAAAAAGAAUACCAAUGAUGGCAUCAUAAGCUGGUUCACCAACGAUUCUCUCGGUAAAAAGGGCAAUCGCAGCAGCGCACCACCAAGCUCUCGUCCCCACUCACCGCAGAAAUCCUCCACCUCUAUCAAGUCUUCCUAUCAUCCUCUACCACUUGACCCUUCCGCGAUCGACGACGAUGAAGAUAGCUUCCGCCUUCCUAAUCCGCUAAUGGAAAACCCGCCAACCCCGCGUCACGAUUUCCCCUCUUCAUCCUCCAAAUAUUCCUCCCAAGCUCCCUCUGCGAUGGCUCCAGAUAGCAAUGAACAAACUGGCGGCUCCACCGACAUAGCAGACGAACCAUCGUGGCCUUUACCUCUUCGCUCUCCAGAGAUACGCGAACUAACUCCUAAGCCCCUGCGCACCCGUGAUUCAGGCUCGGGCGAUAGUUUCAAGUCGAAGAGUUAUGGAGAUUUAAAACCUGCGACACCACCUAUCAUGGUUGGCGGCGACGGAAUCGGACGACAAGUCAGCAGUGGAACUGAUUUUGCAGGUCAGCGAGGAAGUUACAGAAGAGACGUCAGUGGGAAAAUAGCAGAGGAAGGAAGAGGAGGCGCGGCCUGGGGAGCGAGAUUGAGAAAUGUUAGCGGGUUGCAAAACUUGUAAUUGUACUACUAAUCAUAAAAUGAUAUUUUAGGAUAUGUGAUGAAAGUUGUCCGGUAGAGAAUCGCGAUGAAGCUUUUGAUUUAACAUUUUGGACAACAAAGUCCCGGUCAACGGAGCGAAGGUAUAAAUCAGGCCUUAUCCUCCAUGAUGGCCCACUCCCUUGAUUGAAAAGUCAUUGGGAUGAUGGGAUCCAUAUACGUUGUAUACAAUUCUUUGCUUGCUUUAAAGAUGUUGGACGAUGGAUACCGGAAAUGUCGGGCUGCUGGGUGUGGGUGUUAAAUAUGGAAGAAACACGGGAACUUGGGUAUACGUAUACGAGGACAUGUUAAUAUGAGAAUUUUUUGGUUUUUAUUUGCGUCGGUAUGUAUGAAGGAAACUAGUUUAUUUUACACAUUAUUUAUCUUUUGCCAUUUGUAAUUUUUUCAAUGUUUAUUGUAUAUAUAUACCUGUUAUCGACACCAUAUACUGAGAAUGAAUUAC